CAUAUCCUGAUAACAUGUCCUCCUGUUAAAGAAAGAGCUAACAGCUGAGAAAACACUUUAUUUUCACAUACCUGCCUUAAAUGGCGGGUUGUCGUUCGGUCUAAUCUCUCUCAUAUCGUAGUGUAAAAGUCACAGCUGCUGUUUAAAGAGCUAUUCCGUGACUUUAGUGAUUAGAAUUUUGGGAUGAGCGAUACUUGUCGAGGAAGUAUUCCAGCUGGCUAGCAGAGUUAGCUAGUUGUUAGCAAGGGAGUUCUUUGUUUUGUAUUUGAGAGAACAUGAACAGAAACUGUUGUUGACAUUAACGAGGUGUACGAUCGUUAUGGACAGGGCACAUCCGGCGACAGCAGCGUUGUAAAAUACGAGAUUUACGGAGUAGCUUGUAAUACGUGGACAAACUUUAGAAAGAGCAGUGUCGGGUUCUCCGCUGGACAAAGGUAGACCAUGGGAAACUGUCUCAAGUCUCCGACAUCGGACGACAUCUCUCUGCUCCAUGAGUCCCAGUCGGACAGGGCCAGUUUUGGAGAUGGGAUCGACCCCGACCUAGAGCCACCUCCACCUUAUCAGGAGCCCGCUCACAUGCCACUGUACCACCCCACGCCCAGUCAGACCCGCCUGGCCUCACAGCUGACGGAGGAGGAGCAGAUCCGCAUCGCUCAGCGUAUCGGCCUCAUCCAGCAUCUCCCCAAAGGGGUCUUCGACGGAGGCCCCGACGGCUCAGAGAAGAAGAUCAGAGAGUGUGUGAUCUGCAUGCUGGACUUUGUGUACGGCGACCCCAUCCGGUUCCUGCCCUGUAUGCACAUCUACCACAUGGACUGUAUAGACGACUGGCUCAUGAGGUCCUUCACCUGCCCCUCCUGCAUGGAGCCUGUGGAUGCUGCCCUGCUCUCCACCUACGAGACCAACUGAAUACACAGCCCCUCUCCCUGUUAGCUCCAAUAUGGCUGCUCCUCCCAAAACACAAACCCUUAUACUCUUAUCCUCUUGUCCAGCGACAAAAGAGGAGCGAAAAUAUCUUUGCUGUUGUCUUGCACUUUCAAAAGUUACUCACCUAAUGUUGGCCUUCUCUGCCCCUUAUCACGAUUUAAGAAACAAGCAUAAAAUAAGCUGGUCUUGCAUUUAAAGUCCACUAUUCGGUAAGAAAGUGCUUCCAGACAACCAUGCAUGAUUGUCCGUGUGUAGUUGUGAAGUUGUGUUUGCAGUGAAGGGAGAAUGUACUGUAUGUCAGGAGAACUGUGGAACUGCCCACCCGAGCAGGACUCAGGGGGGCUCUUCAUGCAUCUCAUAAACCACUUACAUUCCUAGUUAUGUGGCAGUUAGAAGACUGUAUGUUGAUAGACGAGCUUUACAGUUGCUCUUGUCUCCCAUCAUGCCGUUGGUGUGGAGAUUCAGAUGUUUUUUGAAGAUCACCACUUUAAGGUACAUAGCUUUUUGUCCAGAUAUCGUUGUCAGCAUUAUUGUCCAUGUCCACUGAUAUUUUAGCCGGAGGUUUUGCUCUUUGUCAAUUAUUAUAUAUACAUUUAUAUAUAUAUAACAUAAAGAAAUCAAAAGCAUAAAUAAUGCAUUAUACAGAACAAUAUUGAGAUUUAAAAGUAAAUGCAUAUAGUAUUUAAAGUGCUAUUCUCAAAACCUUCCUCUGGGUUCUUUGAGAGAAAAUAUCUGCAUAUGUAUGUUUCUGUAGCCCAAAGUCAAUUCAUUUUGACAUGAUGUACUAUUGUCUGAUAUUAUAGGGAACUGUAUUGAAAAGAACAUUGGUUUAUUGGUGGUUUUUCAGAUUCUAAAAUAUGAUGUCGUACUCUCAGAUGGAGGACACUAGCCAGGUUUUCCUUGUAAUUACAUUGACUUUGCCUAGAAAUACUCGAAAAUGUAAAUGCACAAAUGUUGAUCUUUAUCAUUUCUGUCAGUCACUAGACCCAAGAACUUAGUGUAUUAUGACAAAAAUAAGAAUUUUAGCAAUAUUCAUUUUAGCUGCCCCGUCUAUAUUAAUUAUUAUUGGCCUUAAUGAGGUAAUGCCAUCUAAAAUCCAACAAUUCAAUUAUGCAAUCAAAUCCUGUAGCCAAAUUGUUUGUCAACAUACAGUCAGCAGUAAGCAUUUUGAUACACAUCAUUUCUAAGCAAACAAUUCACUAAAUAACUAAAAAUGUUGUGUACACUGAACUUGUUUGUCACAGUGACCAAGAUUACAAAUAUAUUAUGCACACUAGAAGAUAAUUAACCCAAAGUUGAAGUUGAAGAAGAUGGUAAAAACCAGUGGUGUUGCAUGAAUGUUUUUAGUGAGUGUGUAAAGUCAGUACAAAGGGCUCAUUCGUGCAUGAGCAGGCUAACAUUACAACGCUUGCACACUCUUUCAACUCAUCCAGAAAAUUGCACUUUACUCAUAGGACAGUAUCUAAAACAAUAUAUUAAUAUAUGUACCUUAUAACCUUGCACUAUCUAUUUAAUUCAUUUGUUGUUUUUUUUCCUGAAAUGCAAAAGUUGGACAGUUGAUAGAUCUUUAUCACUUGUCAUAGUAAAAUAAUUCUGAUGUUAUCAUGAAUAUGUUGUGCUCGAAAAGACUGUCUAUUGUAAGUCAGUGGGACAGAGGCUUGAUGCAAAUGAAAGACAUGCUAAUGGAAGUAUUUAGCAGCUUUUUUGUUGUUGUUUUGUGGUGUUCGCUUGUCUUAACUUUGGGCCUAAUACAUAUGACCUAUCACAAGAGAGUAAUCAGAAAUGAGAUACUAAGUAAUACUAAAAGUAGUAUCAAACUUAGAUAUUCAUUUGGGCAGGUAUCGAUACUAAAAAGUCACAUUCACAGGACAGAAAUUGAACUUUUCGGAAUAGCUUUAGAAUGAUUUUGAGUUGUGUCAGUACAAGUGUAAGAGCACAGACUAGUAUACGUCCAUGGACCGCUAUAGAACCUACCUGGAUUGCACAGAUAUAUGACUGCAUAGUAAUAUAAAAGAAAGUACUAUGAUUUAAUGUUGAAAAUCACAUUCUAGAGAAAUAGUGUUUUUAAUUAACAUUGUGAUAUCAGAAUUGAUAUCGAGUCUAUUCCUUAGUGUCAAAAUUAAGUUUGAAACAGUAAUUUAGACUCACCAAGUCAUUUAAGUAUUUUAGUUGUAUCUUUAUCUGAUAAUGGUGGAAUAUAUAGGUGGGAACAGAAUGCUGGCAUAGAUAAAAUAAAAUAAUCUUUUUUUUUUUUUUUCCGUCAAAAUUCAUUGUAGUUGGGACAGCGCUCACAGAUUUGUUAUUGACGACAUAUUUUUAUUUACAAUUUUUUCAGUUUUAGCAGCAGCCGGAAUUAGUGCUUUAAAUUUUAAACAUAAAUUGGUGUUUGAUCAUGUCACAAUAUGAAAUUAAUAAUAUUUAAGACUGAAUGUGUUACAGGCCUUGACACUUCUUCUGAGAUCUUAAACUUGUUAUACAGGCUCUGAAGUACUCAUUGUCUAUAUUUAAUUAUAUCUGAUUGUUCACACCUGCACAGGUUUUGGCAAGGAAAAUUUUGACAAAAGGACAAGUUAAGCUGACAAAGACAAAAACAGAAGAAAAAAUGUUAAAGAUUGAAAGAGCUAUUAAAAUGCAUUGUACUUCGUCUUCCAAGUACAACUCUCAAAACUCAAUCAUAAUCAUAUUUCCCUAGUGCAUGUAAACACAUCAAAACUCAGAUCUAAUUAUUGCAUUAUCUGAUUAUUCCUAGUUCUGAUUUUGACUGGCCAUGUAUUAGUGUUACAUUUUUGCUUCAUUGUUUUUCAGUGUGUCUUAUAUUCACUGUACAAUCCUCUGUCCCUUUGAAUCUCUAUUGGGUGUACUAUUUCCACUGUUGUGUUUAGUCAUCUUUAUGUUUUCGGACAACUUGUAGUCUCUGUUACUUUUCUUUUUAGUUCCUUUUCUGAACCAUUACAAAAUAAAGCAGAAAUAUACUGUA